CCUCUCACCCCAUCUCUCUCCAUUCUCUCCCCUGCUCACUCCCUACCAGCCUCCCUCUCUCUCUCUCUUACUCACUCGUUUGUUGGCUAGCAAUGCGGUUCUGUUCAUCUCCCCUCUGGGUUUGGAUUAUCUCAGCUUUGACCCGAUGGACCGUAGAACCAGUAGAAGUGAUGCUUCUUGACACGACUCAUUCAACGGCUGAGAUGGGAUGGAGCACACAUCCAGACACUGGGUGGGAUGAGGUCAGUGUCCUGGACGAUCGCAACCAGUUGAUUCGCACCUACGAGGUCUGUAACUUCAACCUGCCCAAUCAGAACAACUGGCUGGCCACGCCCUUUGUGAUGCGAGGCCCCGCCACCCGCAUGCAUGUGACACUGCGCUUCAGCGUGCGAGACUGCAGCAGCGUGCGGAACGUGGGAGCAAGCUGCAAGGAGACUUUCACCCUGUACUACAAGGAAGCUGACUCCCAGACAGAGGCACUGCAGGGCUGGGGAGAGACGGAGGAUGACGGAGAGCCGGGAGGUGGUGGCUGGGUGAAGAUUGACACCAUCGCUGCUGAUAAGAGCUUCUCCAGAGUGGAACAGAGCCAACAAUAUGAGAGCAAGAAGGGCCACAGAAUGAACGUCAAGACCAGGAGCUUCGGACCACUCACUCACAAAGGCUUCAUUCUGGGUUUUGUGGACAGUGGCGCCUGCAUCUCUCUGGUUGGUGUUUCACUGUUCUACAGGAAGUGCCCCGAGACAUUCCAUAGCCUUGCUCACUUCCCGGAUAUGCCCUCAGGGGCAGAGCCCUCCUCGCUGGUGCCGGUGGACGGGAGCUGUGUGCCUAACGCCCAAUCCCAGACAGCCACGCCCCCCAAGUUGCACUGCAAUGCUGAUGGUGAUUGGAUGGUGCCUGUGGGGGUGUGUGUAUGUGAGGCGGGGUUUGAGUCCAAUCAGAACGGGAGCGCUUGUACUGGUAAGACAACAAGAUGAUUCGGAAAUACUAAAAGCAGUUCAGUGGGUCUGGACUCACAGUACUUGCUGUUGUACAGAUCAGAUGGCCAGUUUCACCAAUUGUACUUCAAUGAAUAAUGUAAACCCAGUUAGAGGGUUCGCAGCCUCUCACCUACCUGAGAGUUUGUAACAAACAAAGGCUCUUUAUUGGGUAAGGAAUUUUUGCUAUUUACACCAGAGUGUCAAUAGUGUAAUUUUUUCAGAAAGGGAAAAACACCCCCAGUAAAGUUUUCAUACCCGAAAUAAACAGCUCAGGCAUUUCACGUAGGGACGGAUCGAAGGGGUGUAAUAGGAGGAUUUGGUAGCCACUGACAGACAGUAGAGAUUGGAGAGAGAAAGUUGGCAUUACCACUCAGGCUUGCAGAUUCAUUACAACCAAAACAACCAUGUGUCACUACCAGCAAUAACACAGUAAAAGCACAACUAUCAAAACAAAACACAGUAAAAACACAAUUAACAACACAAAACA